UACACCAGAUCCCAUCAUCAUCAUUAUUAGCUAAUACAAAAAAAACUCCCCCAAUUCUAAAAUCAUCAAAUCAACAAAUCAAAAACCCUAAAAAAAAUAAAAAUUCCGACCGAUCAACCCGAUCGAUCGAUCAAUCAUGUCAACAACGGAGAUGGCAUCGACGGAUCCAGAAGGAAUCGACGGAAUCCGAAUGACGUGGAACGCUUGGCCACGGACAAAAAUGGAAGCCAGCAAGUGUGUCAUCCCAAUUGCUGCUUCAAUUUCUCCAAUUCGUCCUCACAUUCACAUCCCAACUAACCCGUACAUGCCUCUUCGCUGCAAAACUUGCACUUGUGUUCUUAAUCCUUAUGCUCGUGUUGAUUUUCCUUCCCUUAUUUGGACCUGCCCUUUUUGCUUUCAACGCAAUCACUUCCCUCAACACUUUUCAGGUAUUUCUGAAACUAAUGUACCUGCUGAAUUGUAUCCACAAUACACUACUAUAGAAUACGACUUACCUAAUCAUAACUAUAACGAGCGUCACACUGAAUUACAACCGCCGCCGGUUUAUAUUUUUGUGAUUGAUACUUGUAUGAUUGAGGAGGAGUUAGGGUAUGCUAAAUCAGCAGUACAACAAGCGCUUGAGUUUUUGCCCGAGAAUGCUUUGGUAGGGCUUGUUUCGUUCGGGACUCAAGUUCAGGUUUAUGAGUUAGGGUUUGGUGAUAUGAAUAAGGUUUAUGUUUUCCGUGGAUCGAAAGAAAUCGGGAAAGAUCAGGUUUUGGAUCAAUUAGGGUUAGGUGGAGGUGGUAGGAGAAUUGGCGGUGUGCCUGGACAAGGAUUUCAGAAUGGGGCUGUACCGAAUUCUGGUUAUACGAGGUUCUUAUUGCCUGCAUCCGAUGGUGCUUAUAUUAUUCAUUCGCUUUUGGAGGAACUAGGGACAGAUCAAUGGCCUGUUGCACCUGGUAACCGAUCGUUAAGGUGCACUGGAGUUGCAUUGAGUGUUGCGGCAGGUUUGCUUGGGGCUUGCUUGCCCGGUACAGGUGCUCGUAUUGUAGCUUUAGUUGGGGGUCCUUGCACUGAAGGUCCUGGUUCGAUUGUAUCCAAAGAUCUCUCGGAUCCGGUCCGUUCACAUAAAGAUCUGGACAAGGAUGCGGCACCAUUUUAUAGAAAGGCAGUUGCAUUUUAUGAGACUCUUGCUAACCAGAUGGUUAGCCAGGGUCAUGUCUUGGACCUUUUUGCUUCUGCCCUUGACCAGGUUGGGGUUUCAGAGAUGAAGGUCAUUAUUGAAAGAACUGGUGGCCUUGUUGUUCUAGCUGAAAGUUUUGGUCAUUCAGUUUUUAAAGGCUCGUUUAAGCGUGCUUUUGAGAAGGGAGAAGAGUCGCUUGGCCUUGCUCAUAAUGGUACGCUUGAAAUCAAUUGUUCAAAAGAUAUAAAAAUUCAGGGGAUUAUUGGACCUUGCACAUCUUUGGAAAAGAAAGGACCUGCUGUUGGAAGCCAGCCAAUUGGGCAGGGAAACACUACAAAAUGGAAGCUGUGUGGACUGGACAAAGAUACUUGUUUGACUGUUUUCUUUGAUAUUUCAUCAAGUGACAAAGAUCCUUCAGGCAACGUAAAUCCACAGUUGUAUUUACAGACUCUUACGAGUUAUCAGAACGCUGAUGGACAAUCUAAACUGCGAGUUACUACGGUUACUAGAAGAUGGGUAGAUGGUGCUGGUAUUUCCGAGGAAUUGAUGGAGGGUUUUGAUCAAGAGACUGCUGCUGUCGUAACGGCUAGAUUAGUUUCAUAUAAAAUGGAGACCGAGGAAUCAUUUGAUGCAACAAGGUGGAUAGAUAGGAACCUCAUUCGUCUCUGCUCUAAAUUCGGUGAUUAUCGGAAGGAUGAUCCGUCCUCGUUUUCUUUAAAUCCCAGUUUCUCAUUGUUCCCUCAGUUUAUGUUUAAUCUUCGAAGAUCACAGUUUGUGCAGGUGUUUAAUAAUAGUCCAGACGAAACUGCUUAUUUUCGCAUCAUGUUAAACCGAGAGAGUAUUACAAACGCUACUGUUAUGAUCCAACCUUCAUUAAUUUCAUAUACAUUUAACUCACUUCCUUCACCAGCAUUGCUUGAUGUGGCAUCAAUUUCACCUGAUCGAAUCCUUUUGCUAGAUUCAUACUUUAGUGUAGUAAUUUUCCAUGGCAUGACAAUUGCUCAAUGGAGGAACAUGGGCUACCAGAAUCAGCCAGAACAUCAAGCAUUUGCACAGUUGUUGCAAGCUCCACAUGAUGAUGCUGAGUUGAUUAUACGUGAUCGAUUUCCUGUCCCAAGAUUAGUGGUGUGUGAUCAGCAUGGUUCUCAGGCUAGGUUCUUAUUAGCCAAGUUGAAUCCAUCAGCAACAUACAAUAAUGACGUGGCUUCUGGAAUGGAUGUUAUCUUCACAGAUGAUGUGAACCUUCACGUGUUCUAUGAGCAUCUACAGAAGCUGGCAGUACAAUCUUCUUGACCCCAAACUAGAUUAAGCACUUUAUAGAGUUUUAAAACAUGUGUGAUGAUCAAUUGUGCAUCAUAGACCUUUUUCCUCUCUUAUUACUUGUGAAUGAGGAGAGACCUUGCAUUGAGACAAUCAUUAUAUAAAAAGGGUUUUACAACAUGUAUGAGGUCACAAGAAGAAUGGUUGUUUGAGGCUGCAAGUUAUUGGGAGGAGUAUGUGGUCACUUACAUUAUUUUAUUUUUAUUUUUUUCUACUUUUAAUGUUUUUGUAAGUUAAUCGUGAGUUUAUAGUAUGUAUUAAGGUUAUAUAUUGGGGCUCAAUCUGCUCCGGGUGAGCUUAAAGGACAGGAGAACUUUUGUUUCAGGAUUUUUCGUGUUGCAACAUUGAUACAUGAAGUGUACACUUUGAAUUCUAGUUUUGUGAUAGUUAAUGCCCUUGGUUUGAGGUUUUACA